CUGAAACUGAUUGUUUCCACAUACCUAGACCACAACACGGGAGAUAAGUGAUCUUUCACCUUUGAAAAUGAGAGAUUCUUAACCGGUUCCAUCCUCAAUCUCUCGGAAGUACUAAAAUCUUUUCAUAAAACCGUCGUAAAUAUUGAACUUCGAAGGCCCAUAGAAAAAUUCGAAUCCCAACCUAUAGAUGGGGAAAAAGCACACUUUCAGUUAUUCUCGAAAUCGGAAGCGAUUAGGCAAAAAACAAAAGGCAAAAUUAAAAAUCAAAAAUCCAGUCAUUAAUUCAGCUUGGAAGUAUGGAUUAUCUGUUAAAUCAAAUUUUAACCGUUUGGGUUUAGCUUACGAUGCAAAUGAAGCACUUGGAAAUAAUUGUGAUCAGGUUUUAACAAAUGGAGAGUAUGAUGAUAAUGAUGCAGUCACAAAAAAUAUGCCGAGACAGAAAAAGACUAAUGUCGUAAAAGUUUUAGAAGAGUUAGCCAAACAUAAAAAGCAAAAACCUGUGUUUGUCUCCGGAGAUGAUCAGUUGUUUUGCAUAUACAACUUAGAGAUGUAUCCUGAGGAUGAUUUCGAAUCUAUGAGUAGAGAUCCAAAGAAUGUUUAUCAGUUGACAUCCAAACAGAUCGAACGACUAAUCAACAAAUUUAAACAAACCACUGGCUUUCAAAAGUAUCUCAAAGAUAAGCAGUCAGGAGAGCUUGCCAUCGAUGAGUUGUUUAAUGAAGAACUGAUAUUUUUCUGGUUGCAUUUCACGACUUUGCAACUAGAACUAAUGCAAUAGUUUCACAAUGUCGCAAAAAAUCUCGUUUCUACCACGUUACGUAUUGCCACCUCUCCACAUAUUAUUGAUUUUUAACGAAUAUGGACUUAGUUAUAUUAUGCUUUUUGUCAGUAUGUUGCGAUAUCUGACUUUGGUUUGUGAUCGUGAAGUUUUUACUAGAAUAGUAAAGUAUAUGCUUGGUGUAUGCUGUCAAUCCUUUUCGACCAUUACUUUUAUUGUCGUUAUUUUGUCUUAUUUUUAGAUGGUGUCAAUUAUCCUUGCAGGUUAUGUAUUACAUCUUCAUUUUAUUUAGUCUUAUAUAAGUCAUGAUUGGUUUUAGUGAUUUUCAUACGACUAUGAAUUGUUUUAUAUUAGAAUCUUGCUUGAUCUAAAUUUUUCAAUAGAUUUGAUGUCUUUAUUUCAGCCAAAAAUAUUCUGAUUUCUAAUUGUGUAUAAAAUUGUGGAAUUUUGAACGUACUUCUAUACAAAAAACUCAGAAACUAUGAAGAGCUUACUUCAUCGAUCAAUCAGUAAUUUGGUCUCCGGAAUCAAUUACGGUACAUAUUCAACGCGUUUUCCAAUACAUCUUAACUGAAAAUGGAUUUAGAAAUAAUAAAGGACUGUAAGAUAAAGAUUGACAUUAUUUAAAACGUUUUCGCUUAACGUGUCGAACAUAAUAUGGGGAUUUGUUUCUAUGUCGUUGUAUAUUUGAUGAUUGUCUCACUAAUUAUAUACUAAAUGUUUG